GGGGCGGGCGGUGCGGCGGGGCAUGGCGCUGGUCACCGUGCGGCGGGCGGCGGGCUCCGCCGGGGGCCCCGCGGAGGAAGAUGCGCCCAGGCGCAGCCGGCUGCAGCGGCGGCAGAGCUUCGUCAUGGUCAAGGGGGCCGCCCUGCUGCUGCCCGCAGAGGAGCCACUGGUGGCCGAGCCCCCCCCAGCUGCACCCCCCGGCCAGGCCCCAGGGCGGCAGGAGCAGCACCUGCAACUCAUGAUGCAGCUGCUGCGUCCCCAGGAUGCCAUCCGGCUGGCAGUGCGGCUGGAGUCGGCGCGGCCGCAGCGGGUGCGGUACCUGCUGGUGGUGCGGCCUGAGGAGGCGGGAGCCGAGGGGCAGACGGCGCUGCUGGGCGUGGACUUUGCCCACGAGGGGGCCACCUGCUGCACCCUGGGCAUGGUGCUGCCCCUCUGGAGUGACACCCAGGUCUUCCUGGAUGGCGAUGGGGGGUUCAGCGUGACAUCUGGGGGACAGACCCGCAUCUUCAAGCCCAUCUCCGUGCAGACCAUGUGGGCCGUGCUGCAGGAGCUGCACCGCGCCUGCGAGGAGGCGUCCCGCGGCGGGCACAUCCCCGGGGGCCCGGCGCUGGCCUGGGCCCGCGGCUACGGGGCGGCGCUGACCUCGGAGCAGAGCUGCCUCAACGAGUGGCUUGCCAUGGCUGACCUCGAGUCCGUGCGCCCCUCCUCGCCCUCGCCCCUCCGGCCGGCGGCACCGGAGCUGUCGGAGCAGGCGGUGCGGGUGCUGCUGCGGGACGUGAUGGCCAGCGCUGACCUGGAGAGCGUCACCUCCAAGGAGGUGCGGGAGGAGCUGGAGCGGCGCACGGGGCACAGCCUGGCCCAGCACAAGGACUUCAUUGACAACGAGAUGCUGCUGGUGCUGGCGCAGAUGGACCGUCCCUCCCGCGUCUUCCCACACCUCUACCUGGGCUCUGAGUGGAACGCGGCCAACCUGGAGGAGCUGCAGCAGAACCGGGUCACCCACAUCCUGAACGUGGCACGGGAGAUCGACAACUUCUUCCCGGCGCUGUUCACCUACAUGAACGUGCGGGUAUACGAUGAGGAGACGGCCCAGCUCCUGCCCCAUUGGAAUGACACCUUCCUCUUCCUCUCCCGUGUCCGGGCCAGCGGGGGCCGGGCGCUGGUGCACUGCCGCAUGGGGCUGAGCCGCUCGGCGGCCACGGUGCUGGCCUACGCCAUGAAGGAGUUCGGGUGGCCCCUGGAGCGGGCGCUGCGGCACGUCCGGCACUGCCGCCCCGGCGUCCUGCCCAACCCCGGCUUCAUGCGCCAGCUCGACUUCUACCAGGGCAUCCUGCACGCCAGCCGGCACAGCAGCCUGUGGGAGCCCAAGGCGGCGGAGCAGGCGCCCCAGCACAAGGAGGGCCCAGAGGCUGCACCGGGAGAUGAGGGUGGCCUGUCCCCAGUCCCUGCCCCGCAGACCCCUGAGGAGGCGGCUGGGAUGGGGCUCCUGGGGGCCUCGCGGCGCCCCCGCAUCUCCCUCUGUGCCGUCAUGCGGAGCAUCAGCCAGCUGGAGCCCCCCGAGCCCCCCGAGCUGCCAGGGGAGCCCCUUGCCGAGGAGGUGUUCACAGGGGUGCCGGAAGGUGCCCCCCCUGGGGCACGGCCCUCCUCCCGGCCCCGCCGUGUGGUGCGUCAGGCCAGCCUGGAUGGUGGCCCCGCCCCUGACCACACCCCCGCGGACGACCAUGCCCUACCAGCCACCUGUAGUGACCACACCUCCUGCCCUACCCUUGCCUCUGACCCCACCCCCUGUGCUGACCCUGCCCCCCAUCACCCCUCCUCCCCGCCCCCUGCCCCCUAACCCAGGCAGGGGGGGAUGGGGCAGAGCACCCCCUGCCACCAUGGGAAGGGGCAGGGCCUAGGCCCACUGGAGGCCUGGCCAACGAUCGGACACGCCCCCCCCACCUGCACUUUGGGGGGCAGAGGUGGCCCUGCCUCACCCCCCCCACACAUGCACAGGCCCCACUGCCACCUCUCACUGCACCAGCACUGCCAAUAAAGAGUGUAAACACCU